UAGGUCUGGACCUUUGACUUUCACCUCGGAGACCGCGAUUCACCGCUCCGACCAGGAGUGACUGGGUGGGUCGUUCACUACGUUGACCAUCCUGGCUCUCUGUCUUUGCCCAGCAAAAGUUGUGAAACUAAGUCCCCGAUCACGCAGGAUUCUUUGUUCUUCCUUCGCCAACAACCCAUCUUCCGCCCAGUUCUCACUCUCGUUUUCGGCACUUUUGCGCGCCUGGUGACCUCGCACACUCGCGCUCAUUCUUCGCCGUCCUUUUUGCCAAAGUAUUCGAGCCUGCCCCACUGUGCAUCUGCAUUGUAAGCGGAAGGCGAUCUGUGACGAACACAUAUAAAAACCUGCCACCUACUUCUCCCUCCUCUUGUUCGAUGCCUGAACAACUCUCUGUUUUUUGAACGCAGGAGAAGGAUAAGAAAAGCUGGUACGAAGCAGGUUAUUCCACCGGUACAACCGCAGCCAUGCCGAUUUCAGAUUUGCUCGCAUCGAUAACGGGCGAAAAGCCAUCGUCAUCAUCGACCUCUACGAAAGAUGUCCCAGCAGCAUCUAAACGGAAGGCGGACGAUGACCUUCGAGGUUCUGCGCCAAAGGCCCCGCGUACCGAGCCCGCGACAAAUGGAAGUGCCCGGCCGAAUGGAAACGUAACGAAACCUUCUACAGCGCGCCCCGCCGAGCGACCGACGGAGCGCCCCACAGGAAAUGCGAACCCAACACGUCCCGCAGAAAAGACAACUGGCUACACCGGCACCGCGCAACCACGUUCGUCGACGAAACCAACGGCUCUGGUGUCAUCCAAGACCACAUCGACACAGUCAAGGGUGGGAGGAACAAGCUCGAAUGGAAACAAGGCUCCACUCUCGCGACCGCUCGUCAGCCGACCCGCCCCUAGCGCUCCUGUCGCCGGCUCUGGACCUCCGAAGAAACGUUCGUAUGCAGAGAUCAUGGCAAGGGCCCAGGCCAAUCAGCCUAUGCUGUCAGCCGUUGGGAAAAUUCAGCACAAGAAGGUGGAGAAGCAGUUGACAAUGAAGGAACGCAAGGAACUGAAGGCCGAGGAAGCGAAGAAGGGCAAGAAGGAUGCAAGGCCACCGACUACCGGGAGGAGCGGUGUGACAGCUGGGCCAACCCGCAAUGGCACGAACGGCACGACUGUGAACCGUCAGCGGAGUACCACCCCCUCAGCCCCGGCUGGCGCCAAGUCCAAGGCAAGCCAAAAUCCCGUCGAGGAGAAGAAGGUGAAGAAGGCCGCUCUAGCGACGACUGGUUACCAAGGCACGGCACGUCCUCGCCCAGGGGCCACCACCACAAAGCCAGGUGCAUCCACCUCUGCAGGCGCAAGUAGGGGCCGUGGGAUGUCCGGUUAUGGCGCCUCAUUUUCACGUCCCCGGAGACGCGAAGAGGAGGAUGAAGAGUUGGACGACUUUAUCGAGUAUGACGAAGAUGAGGACGAUGGCUACGGCUACGGCCGUCGCGGUGGCUACGAGUCACUGGAAGAGGAUGACUCAGACAUGGAGGCAGGAUUGUCCGACAUCGACGCCGAGGAACGCCGGGCAGAGAUGGCGGCUCGCAAAGAAGACAUGGAGCAGGAGGCGUUGGAGAAGAAGUUGAAGCGCGAGAAGGAGGAAAGAAAGCGGGCGGCACUUGCAAAACUCAAGUCCAGAGCCGGAGACCGCUGAUGUGUCAUGGUUGCGUGGCAUGUCCCCCUCUUUGUUUUACCUCUGAAUUGGGAAGGUUUCGGCGCAUCGAGAUGAUUUCAAGGCAGAAUUGCGUUUUCUGGAGACGGUUUUGCAAUGGCGUUGGCUGGAAGACAGGACGGACGCCCAGAAACAUUUUGCAUCAGCGUCUGGAGUUUUAUCAUUUUGCGCGGAUUCCGAUUUCAUUGGCGGGCGUUGGCUGGCAAUAGAGCCCGUCGGACGGAUUAUAGUAUAGGUUGUCAUGACACGGUGUAGCGUAUCUAGAUAUCUGAAUACCCCAAGCAUACGUUUUGGGUUUUACCUUUC